AUUCAACAGUCAGCAUUACACAAGUUAAGUUGUUAAAGUUUAAAGCUCCACUCGAAUUAAUAUUUAAAGGCAGAAUUUUAAAGUCUCGUGACAUUCACAUUUCAUGAUAAGCAUUUGUGAUAAGUUUUAUAGACUGACGUAGAAGGUAUUAAAUAAUGAACUUCAUUAUUUUCGCAAAAUUUUGAAAAGAUUUGCGUCAUUCAAUCAAAUAACUGUUUCAUAAUUGUGUGUCAUUAGUCAUUUCAAAGGAAUUAUCCAUUGCGUGGAAUUUAAAUGAAAUAAUAUAAAGAAAUUCUUAGAAACUUUCGUGGUGGUUUUGAGGUCAGCAAAAGUGACAUUAGUGAAAGCGUUAACAAAUUAAUUUGCAAGUUUGUAAAGAUCAAAAGAAAAUAAAUGGAAAAACAAAAGCCAAGAAUUAAUUCAAAUAGAGACAUGAAGUCGCCAAAAGCACAUUUUUUAAAUAAUGAUCUCAUUAGUGGACUGUUGAUGUUCCUAUGUAUCUUAGCAUCAUCAAAUUUAUCUACAGUUAAUGCAAACAGUGAUCAUUGUAAAGAUCGAAUAUUUGCUAAGACUUUUAAUACAUCAUACAUGCAAUUUACAAAGGAGUUUGUAAAUGAAGAAUAUGCAAUUGAAGGAGAGUUCAAAAAUCUUCAUUGUUGUGCAAAGGGUUAUCGAAGCAUUGAGUGGUUGAAAGAUGGAAAAAGUUAUCCAUGGUCGUCAGAGUCUACCUCAUCUCUAAUACUUUAUCCACAAGCAGCAAAUCAAACUAUUUAUGCUCGUCGUGCAUCAAAAACUGACGAGGGACGAUACACAUGUGUGUUGAGGAAUGACACACACAAGAUUGAGCAUCAAAUUGUCCUGAAAGUAUUAGAAUCUUCACCAGACGUUCCACUCGCAACUUUUACACCUCAAAAUCAAUUUGCUGACAUCGGAGGAUCCGCUCGAUUCUUCUGUGAAGCUUUCGUAGGAAAAAAAGAUUUGCCAGACAUCUCCAUCAGUAUUAAAUGGUAUCACAUGUCGGAUGGAAAUCAAGAUGAUGUGAUUAAUGAUAAUCAACAAGAGGUCGUGAAACGCGAAGAAGAAGAAAUUAUUGGAUCAUAUUUAACGAUUUCUGAGGUCACUUCAAGUCACUUUGGACGAUAUUUGUGUCGUGUUGAAAUGGGAAAUUCGCAAACCCAUCGAUUAGAAAUGUCAGCGGAACUCAUAAAUGCACUUCCAAUUGAAACUAACAAUUUCAUCUUUUUAAAUCCAUACUUGUUGGCGUCUUGCGCGUUUGUCAUCACACUCAUUGGGUUUUUUCUAUUUCUUCGCUCACGACAGUUCUUGUCGAAAUAUUUUAUCAGUUUCAAAUCUACCGAGCAUGAGUUCCUCAAUAUGAAAGUUAAGAAUUUUGAUGAACCCACAACUGUGUUAAAGCUGAAGAAAGUUUCACCGCAAAAGCGGCAGUCACGAGAUGACACUCGCAUCAUGAUCGAAUCAGUAUGAACUGACAAUUUGUAAAUGUAAAGUCUUUUUCGGCUGUGAUACAAUAUAGAAAUUGAUAAAUAAAAUAAAAUUAAAUAAAUAUGUCAAUG